AUGUUGAUUACAAGACCCCUUAACCUCUUAAAAUGUGGUUUCCUAACAACAAAACACCUUUGGAACACACCACCAACAACAGCAAAAAAUUCCAGCAAUGCUUCCCGACAAUUGUGGGGAUACGUUGCCAUUGCCUUCAAUCGUGUCGAUGUUGAUCGUCAGCAAUUAGUUGGAGCUGAUCGUCUAUGUGCCGAAUGGGUAAUAAAAAAUGGUGGUGGCAUUUGCACCGUGGAUGCUCCUACCCGUUUGAUAAAUAACUACAAUAUUCUACCACCGGAACACUACCGGUUCAAAGUGAAAGUGGUUGAUGGUUCUGGCGCUUCGCUUAUGAAAAUUGGUUUGGAUCAUUUUAAGGGUUGUAAUCACAUAGAUACCGUUAUUUUUCACAAAUGUAAACACUUGGAAUCGGAUGGUUUAAGUGGACUGGUACAUCUGAAAGAUACCCUAAAAUCCCUACAGGUAUCCGAGUGUGAUAACAUCAGUGAUGAUUGUUUUGCCGUUAUUGAAGAAUUGAAAAAUCUACAGGAGUUGCGUAUCUUUAAUAUGCGUUAUGUAAAAAAUCUGGAUGCAAUUAUCGACAAGCUGAAGAAAACCCUGCCAAAAUGUCGCAUUGAAACUGCCGAAAAGAAUGACGAAAAGUAA